AUGAGUGAUUCGGAUUCGAGCCAGCGGACCGGCAGGUCACACCCUUUGACCCAGCUCCCCCGGUUACACGAAGCCGAUGCGACAACGCUUUCAACCGACAAUGCGACGAAUACUAUGGCGUCCUUGAGCCAUGGCGACGAGCGGCAUUACUCGCCGCCGGUAUAUAAAGACCAUGAUCUAGCGAGUGCAACUCAGCACCACCACCACGGUCUACCAUCACUUCAUAUUCGCACGGAUAUCGCAGGACCAGUAUCAAUGGACGCUCUCAAGGAGAAUGACCCCUUCCUAAACCAAAGCCUCUCGCCCGGUAGUCUCCCCCAGCGGACCCCAAGUCUUCGCGCAGUGCUCGCUAGUUCGGCCCCCAAUGAGGGACUAUCACCAGCGUCAAUAUCCUCGCCCCAAUUAGUGGCGAUGGGCGACAUCACGCCUUUGCCAUCGCCAAUUGGUGGCAUGACUUCUUGGAGACAUCGGCGCGGCUCACAGUCUUUAUCACGCACUCCUUCAGCCAUGUCAAGGAAUGGGUCCAGCCUCAGCUUGCGUCUCAGUGACUCUUCGCAGAUGCUUGGGCCGGCCGAGUCCCGAUCGCGCAAUAAACAAUAUCCGGCAUUGGGAAAAGCCACUGGUGAAAUUUCUCCAGAGACACCCGGCAAGGGUCGCCAAGAGACGGCGCACAAGCAUACACGCAAUCGCAGUCUCAGCGAAUAUGUGCCCCCCGGUCGGAGUGUGCCCAUCAAGCCACGCCCAAUCGCGGUGUCGGGAGCCGGUUUACCCCAGGGUAUGACUUCAUCGGUGAGUACUGAUUCCAAAUCAAACAACCUCCACCGCGAAGAAUAUCUGGCCAUCCAGCGGGGCAUUGCUUUGCCCGCCGUCCGUCCUCCUACUCCGCCCCGAAGCAGGGGCAAUGAAGCAGGCGAUGUGGAAUCCGUGAUUACUCAGACUCCGUCGCCUGAUGCCUCGGAGGAGAUCUAUUCAGUACGCUCCAUCCGGACCGAUCAACCGCGGAAGUAUCGCAAGCUGCGUCAAUUGGGCCAGGGCACUUUCAGUCAGGUCUGCCUGGCAGUGCGCAUGGAGAACCGAGAAAGCGGCGAAGUUCAUGAUGGUCCUCUUAUGGACGGCCUUGCGCCUACAACCCAGAAGUUGGUGGCUGUCAAGAUCAUCGAGUAUGGACCGGCAGGCGGCGCAGAUGAAGAGCGGCUGGAAGUUUCCCUGAAGCGGGAAGUGGAGAUCCUCAAGUCUGUCAACCAUCCGUCUCUUGUGCAACUCAAGGCGUUUGGAAGCGACGAGAAGCGUGCGCUUCUCGUUCUGGAUUACUGUCCUGGCGGUGACCUUUUCGAUGUUGCUGCAUCGGGUGUCAAGCCUAUGAGCCCAGAACUCAUCCGCCGGAUCUUCGCGGAACUUGUGGACGCAGUGCGGUAUCUUCAUGGGAAUUAUAUUGUGCAUAGAGAUAUCAAACUCGAGAACGUGCUUGUUACGCUUCCUCCCACUGCAAUGGAAAAGAUUACUGACUGGCGCACAUAUGACCGGGCUGUUGUCACGUUGAGCGAUCUCGGUCUUUCCAGACGCAUUCCCGAGCCUCCUGAAAGCCCCCUGCUUCAGACCCGGUGUGGAAGUGAGGACUACGCGGCGCCGGAGAUCUUGAUGGGACAACCGUACGACGGACGAUCGACUGAUGCAUGGGCCCUGGGAGUGCUCCUCUAUGCCAUGAUGGAGAAUCGGUUGCCGUUUGAUGCCCUGCCUGGUGCUCGAGGCGAUCCGGAGAAACUUCGAGCCCGGACACCCCACCGCAUCGCUCGAUGCGAAUGGGCCUGGUACAGAUAUGCCGACAGUGAUGGCGAGUGGGAUCCUGUCAAGGGAAAGGACCUGGAAGGAGCGCGGGAUUGUGUGGAGGGCCUACUGAAGCGCAACACCAGACGGAAGGGUCUCGACGAGAUUGCGGCCCUGGAUUGGGUCAAGGAUGCAAUUGAUGUUCCAGACCAGAGGGCGUCUGCCCUCCGCUCUCCGGAGCUUCUCCCGGUAGGCAAUGCUCCUCUAAAUAGCCGUUCCCUCUCGACCACUCUCCCCAGACACAAAGAUAGCGAAUACAGCGCUUUGAAUAAGGUCUCCCGUAAUGUCACACAACCCAUCUCGCAGGGUGCUUCCCAGGCCAUGCUGUACGCUACAGGCCUCACAGAGGAGGACAUGAACAAGGCGCAGGUCGGCAUUUCGUCUGUCUGGUACAACGGCAACCCCUGCAACAUGCACCUGCUCGAUCUCAGCAACCGGGUGCGCGAAGGUGUGCAGAAGGCCGGUCUGGUCGGCUUCCAGUUCAAUACUGUUGGUGUCAGCGACGCCAUCAGCAUGGGUACCAAGGGAAUGCGGUUCUCCCUGCAGAGCCGUGAUCUGAUCGCCGACUCCAUCGAAACUGUCAUGGGCGGUCAGUGGUACGACGCCAACAUCAGUAUCCCCGGUUGCGACAAGAACAUGCCCGGUGUGCUGAUGGCCAUGGGCCGUGUCAACCGCCCCAGUCUGAUGGUGUACGGCGGUACCAUCAAGCCCGGCUGCGCCAAGACUCAGAACAACGCCGACAUCGAUAUCGUCUCGGCCUUCCAGGCGUACGGACAGUUCCUGACCGGCGAGAUCACCGAGCCCCAGCGCUUCGACAUCAUCCGCAACGCCUGCCCCGGCGGCGGUGCAUGUGGCGGUAUGUACACGGCUAACACCAUGGCGACUGCCAUCGAGGUCAUGGGCAUGACGCUGCCCGGCUCCUCGUCGAACCCGGCCGAGUCCAAGGCCAAGGACCUCGAGUGCUUGGCUGCCGGUGCGGCGAUCAAGCGGCUGCUCAAGGAGGACAUUCGGCCCUCGGACAUCCUGACCCGCCAGGCCUUCGAGAACGCCAUGAUCGUCGUCAACAUCACCGGUGGCUCGACCAAUGCCGUUCUCCACCUGAUCGCCAUCGCCGACUCGGUUGGCAUCAAGCUGGACAUUGAGGACUUCCAGAAGGUCUCGGACCGCACCCCAUUCCUGGCCGACCUCAAGCCAUCGGGCAAGUACGUCAUGGCCGACCUGCACAACAUCGGCGGUACCCCCGCCCUGCUCAAGUUCCUGCUCAAGGAGGGCGUCAUCGACGGCUCCGGCAUGACCGUCACGGGUGAAACCCUUGCCAAGAACCUCGAAAACGCCCCCGACUUCCCGGCCGACCAGAAGAUCAUCCGGCCCCUGUCCAACCCGAUCAAGAAGACCGGCCACAUCCAGAUCCUCCGCGGCUCCCUGGCGCCUGGCGGCUCCGUCGGCAAGAUCACCGGUAAGGAAGGCACCCGGUUCGUCGGCAAGGCGCGCGUCUUCGACCACGAGGACGACUUCAUCGCCGCGCUCGAGCGCAACGAGAUCAAAAAGGAGGACAAGACGGUCGUCGUCAUCCGCUACACCGGCCCCAAGGGCGGACCCGGCAUGCCGGAGAUGCUCAAGCCCUCCUCCGCCCUCAUGGGCGCCGGCCUCGGCUCCUCCUGCGCCCUCAUCACCGACGGCCGCUUCUCCGGCGGCUCCCACGGCUUCCUGAUCGGUCACAUUGUGCCCGAGGCCGCGGUGGGUGGUCCCAUCGGUCUCGUCAAGGAUGGCGACACCAUCACCAUCGACGCCGAGAAGCGCCUGCUCGACCUCGAGGUCGACGAGUCCGAGCUCGCCCAGCGUAGACAGGAGUGGGAGGCCCUCCGGGAGGCCGGCAAGCUGCCUCAGACUGGUCUUACGAUGAGAGGUACCCUGGGUAAAUACGCUAGAACCGUCAAGGAUGCCAGCCACGGCUGCAUUACUGACUCUGUAGAAUAA